AUGUUCCACUGGGAACGUGAAGGGAAAAAUACUUAUCUGUGCAGUUAUAUUAGUUCUAAUCGAUUGGUCACUGACAAAAUCUCUGGAUACACAAAAAACAGUUUGUGCAGCACAUUUUCCAGCUUGCCUCUCCUUUGGAGUAAAUAUGUUAAGAAGAUAUUGACCAGUCAACGCGUGUACUGUGCAGCAUUUCACUCUGUCCUUCUUAACGGCUGUGAGACAAGGACAGCGAAAAUGGAAGACUCUAAGAGGCUAGCUGCCUUCUUUCAUCGGUGUUCACGUUCUAUCGCCUGUGCCAAGUGGUAUAAUAUGGAGAGUAAUAUUGAAAUUAGGUGUAGCAUUAGACAACGAAAGCAAGUCAAUAUAUAAGAUUGCGAAGCAGCAUCGAUUGACAUGAUUAGGACACACACGUGUUACACAAGGCAAGCUAGCACCACAUCCUCGACGAACAAUGUUAGCUGACAUUCGAUUAAUUCAUGGAUAAUCCCCAUCCAGGCAUUGGUGAAAAACACGUAGAUCAGCGAAGAGUCUCUCUUCGGCAGCGAAUUCAUUUUCUUAGCUGUGCAAUCGCAAAUAUAUAUCUGUUAUUUUGUAUGUAUGUGUAGAUUAAGUUUGUCAAACAAAAUUACAAGUGGUUAUGGUUAUUUUACCUAAACAGAUGAAGAUUAGUAAUACAAGUCAAGAAAAUUGAGUUUUAAUGAAAUUAGGAUAGUAACAAAGGUGAUAAGUUGUCACAAACAGUUGUUAAAAGAAGUUAUGUAUUAAUAUGAAUAGUUCGAUGAGUGAGUUUUACUCAGGAUGCACAUAGAAACAAAAUAGAUAAUAUGAAAUUACGUAAGAGUUCUAAAUGAAUACAAGAAUUAUAAGAAAUUAAAGGACAGGCAAAGAAACAAAAUUAA